CGCGACGCGUCCGCGAUCACGUACGGUGCACCACGCGAGACGACGAGUCAACUUCGUACACGUUCGUUCAGUCAUUUCGGAUGUGAACUCUCGAUCGUAGAAAGAAAGAAAAAAGCAUUAGAGUCGUCGAUCGAACACUGCCAAAAAGAAACCUCCUCGAGGAAGAGACUGUCGAUAGCUGCAGCCGCGUGUGAAUUCUUCCAUGCAACCAGGGUAGACGUAACCUCGUCCGAAGUGACUGACUGCAACGUGUGAUUCGCUGACAACACAUGGUCCGGUGAUCAUGAUUGCAAAUCUCGCGCCGAUCACCCUCGUCCUCGUGGUUCUCCUCUCGACUCUCCAUCACGGCGAAGCGAUAAUAUGCUACCAAUGCAACAGCGAAUACGACCCAAGGUGCGGCGAUCCUUUCAAUUCGUACAGCCUGGGAACCGUGAACUGCAGCUUUCAACCACGCUUGGAACACAUGAGCCACCUGGAACCCUCCCUCUGUCGCAAGAUCAGUCAAAAAGUGUACGGGAAGAUCAGAGUCGUGAGGGGCUGCGGUUACAUAGCAGAGGAGAAAGACGCCGCGCCUUGCGUGAGGAGGACAGGCACGCACGACGUACAGGCGGUCUACUGCUCGUGCACCGGUGAUCUCUGCAACUCGGCCGAAAGCCGUACGCCGUCCUUCCUACUGCCGUUGACCUCGCUGUUGACGGUCGUCCUGACCGCGCCGAGUUUGCUACUCUCUAACAACCCAUCCUCGCCGCACUUCUCCAUAGCCUAAAGGAUACAGCCGGCAGGACACAGACGCGAAACGCCUAACGGGAAAUAACAGGAUCAGCGAGAAGAGGCGUUGAACAACUCCCCGGUGCAACUCGUUCUCGUCCGAUUUCCGUUCGCCACCGACGUGCUCCUGAACGAAACCGUCUCUGGAAGAGACUCCCGUCGAAUCGCAUUUUGUUCUCCGGGAACCGUGAUUGUCAACGAGUUGAAUCCUCUCUGUUUUUUCAAGUACGGGGCGAGGAACGAUUCCCAAACGUAGUCAAAUUACACGAUAGUAGCUGUAACGGUGAUACAAACUGCCAGAUACGCGAGAGCGUACUUCAGUAGUACACUUCGGUCGACACACACACACAGACAUUCACACACAGAGACAGACAGGAAACACACACACGGCCUCCGCGCAUGAGGGUAGAAAGUAAAACGAGAUACCUAAAAAGAGAAAACCUCACGUAAAAACACGUAUAUAUAUAUAUUAUAUAUAUAAACAAAAGUAGCGGCAUUCGUUUGUACGCUACUGCAGAUUAAAGAAUAUAUAUAUUAUAUUUUGUCGGGAGGAAGCUAAAAAAAAUGGAAUUGCACGCAGAAGGAUAUUACAGCUUAUUUUUAGAGAAGUAACGUCGGGUUGUUUCCGCGAACGAUCGGCUUAUCAAUAAAAGGAAACGAUAACAGGAGGAGUGCAAUUUCGCGAUAGCAACCCGUGUUCCGCUGAUUUUUGCAAUAAAAAAAAGAUUAAAAAGGAAAAAAAACAAUGCUGUGUAAACGAUAGACAGUAGCCGGAGGCUCGGGAAAAAAUUAUAUGAAUCUGUUGGUCCUUUGAAUGAAUGAAUGCCGAAUGAGUGUUCGUACGUGCGCGCUAAAAAGUUAUUACAAGAUACAUAAAUAUAUAUAUGUAUAUAUAUAUAUACAUAUAUAUUAGUUAAGAAGUGAAACGUUGCUACUUCUUCGACACCGUAGCCGACUAACGAGAAUUUCCAAAAUGCAGAGAAUUUCAAAAGGAGAAAAUAUUCCAAGAGGAAAAAAAAUGAACGUAGAGGAUAAAAAGAUACUUAGAACGCUUAUCGAAAGCAAGCAAAAACGACGUUAAAAAAAAGACACGUGUCUCACCGCAGUACCUAAUUAAUUAUGCGCUGCCGCCUGAUUGUCAUCACCAUCGUUACAAUGAUUAAUUGCUGAUUAUUAAACACCACGGCUGCUAGCUGAUGCUACCUAACUGUAACGUUACUAAACUAAAUCUCAUCGUUGUAUCAUCUGUUCUCCUUGUUAAUGUUUGAUAAAGCGCGGACGAUAGAGGAACGAUGGUGAGAAAAUUAAAACCGCGGUUCUUCAACCCUUGCUUCGUCAACUGCCUUCGGGCAAGGAAAUUGUGACAAUUUUUUUUAUAGUUUGUUUCCUGUUGAUGAAGAUAAAUCUAGUCAGUUAUGUUCCGCUCGACGUAGUUUAGUUGAUUAAAAAGAGAUUAGUGAUACAGUUUAGUAGGCUUGUUAAUUUCGCUUGGGAUUUGAAACUAAUAUUAAAUGAGAUAGUGGUUCAGAAUGAGAUUCGAGAGAUUAGAGUUUGUGUCUCGAAUUGUUUUAGUUAGAAUAUGUUCGUUUAAAUGUACUGCGAAUCGAAAAUAAACUGGUGAUACCCGUUUCUGAAUGUUCUCUAUUCUCUUUAGAAAACAGUAGACGUCGAGCGGAACAUAAAGUAACGUCGUUUCCUAGACGUGUCAGUCGGUUCCCCUUACAUAUCGUCCGCCCAUGAUCAUCUGCCACAGUUGAGUAAAAUCAAAUUACUGGCGACACUGCCCCUUGUUCAAGCAUAUCUAAAUAAGGAAUGGAAGGGUGGGAAUAAAUUGCAUUUAAAUCGGAAACGUCAAGGGAACGUUCACGUUUAAAUUGUUUUAUUGUAACGUUUGAUCAUUCUAUUAAUAUCGCAUUGUACAUCGAUCAUUAUGUACGGAGAAUCCUGCCAAUAAAGUGUUGGAUGGUUACCAAAAAAUAAGAAUCAAAAUGAUACACGAUUGAAGUUGCAAGUUGAUUAGUUCAUUUCGAUGUUAACACUGAGCAAAUAAAUAAUAUUCUCUUU